CGAGGCGUUGUACGACGGACUCAACAUAAGUUCGAGGCCGAUCAGAUGGAGAGGGUUGCCAGGUAUGCAGCGGAGCGCGGACUCGAUGUGCCUGGCACGGGAGGUGCAAGGGGAGGAGAGGCGGGGCGGCGUCCGGCGGAGGGAGGGGUCGGGGGAGAUGGUGGGCAUGGUGCGGCAGACCCCACUUUGGGUGGUGGAGGCGGUGAGACGGAGGAGGGCGUUAUCCACGUAGAUCGCGAGGCGCGUAGCCCGGGUGAGGACGGAGUCCCGGAACGGGAGGACGUGCAAGAGUUUUAUCCAGGCACUGGCGAGAGGUUGGAGGACUGGCGGAGUGCUCCCCAACCACUGCGAGAUUGCGAGUAUGCGGGCGAUGGAGACCCACUGUGCGGAGUUGGCGGAGGAGUUGGAGGAGGUGAGGCCACCCUCCUCUCCGAUGGGAGGAAAUCACGAGACGGGAGACCGAUCGUGAAUUUCCUUGCUGCAAGCUCUCGAGGGGUCGUCGUGUACAUGACGAUCAAUCGAGAGGGCGAGGCGGACGAUGCAGUGCACGUCCUUCGGAGAUGGGUUACCAUCUUCCACGAGUUCAACUUUGGAGGGCCGCAGCAGAUCAAUGCGAUAUGCACUGACUCCGCUUCUGCCUAUAUGGGGGCUGCGAGGGCAUUGGCCUCGCCAACCAUACCUCCUGCACUGAGGAGGAUCACUUGGCUCCCGUGCUCCGUUCAUGUCUGCAACAAAUUGUUGUCAGACAUGGGGACGAGUUGCGAUGCGUUUGUGGACGCGAUCACACGCACUCGUGUGCUGGUGGUGUUUUUCAAAACCCACCAGGCCGCCCUUCAUUUUUUUAGGACGCGCAGCCCCGACAACGGCCUUAUUCUUUCUUGCGAGACGCGGUUUAAGUCUGUUUACUCCAUGCUAGAGAGGUCGUUGGCCCUGCAGGACACUCUGCAGGACAUGAUGCGAGGGGACAACGUGCGGGCUUUUGCUUCCAUCCCGUGGUCCGCCGAUGUGUGCAUCAUCGCGCGUUGGGUGCGCCGACAGAUCAGAUGGGAUCCAUGGUGGCAGAGGGUGGCCACCAUCGUCCAUAUCAUGCAGCCCGUCAUGGAGUUGCUCAGGCGGAUGGAUCGUGGAGGACAAUACAUGUCCCUCAUGAUCGAGUGGACGCAGGAUCUUGUCCGCCGUGUCCUGGAAGCAUGCGCCCCUUUGCGGAAGUCAUUCGCCGACCUGAUCCUCAUGCGUGUGCAGGCUCGCACACAGCACAUGCUUGAACCGUCUCACUGCGCAGGGUUCUUACUGAACCCCCGCAGGCGACACGUUCGCUACUUUUCGGGGCAGGUAGAGCGGUACGAUGCUUGGCUUGGGGGGCAAGCCAAGAAGUACAUUCUGACGCAGACGGGAUUCCAGUUGGAGGGUGCAGAGUACAUCCUUGCAUGUCGGCAGUUUAAAGACUUCCACAUUCAGCAGGGCAGGUUCGGGGAUUGGGGCGGGCCGGAGGGGCGUGCUCGUGGGCGCGCGUGCAACGGCGACGGCGAGACGAUUGAAAGCGUGUCUUGGUGGUCUCUGUUUGGGUCUCGCGCUCCAGAGUUGCAGCGUUGCGCUCUUCGGGUGAUGCAAAUGUGGUCUUGCGCCUCUCCAACGGAGAGGAACUGGGCAGCCCACGAGGGCAUUCACACGAAGAAGCGCAACCAGUUGGCCUUCGAGAAGGUCGUGCAACUCGUUAAGAUCACCGCAAAUGUGCGGUCGACUGAGUAUCGGCGGGCUAGAUGCGGUUACGUGCUGCCAUGGCAGCGGGACGAGGGCAUGCUGGAUUGCCAGGCAGGACUCGAGUUGGAGCCUGUGCGCACGGGGACUCGCAAGGGGAUGACGGAGGAGGAGAUUGUUCGUCAGGCGACGACCCCCACUCCGACGAGGCGGGAUUCGUCCAUGCCGCCACSUCCUGCUCCGAGUCCUGCACCACGAUCGCCCGUCUCKCCACYUCAGCCGGACAGGGAGGAGUUCGGGUCCUCUUUGCCUGAGCGCGGCCUUCUCCACAGAGGCGGGGCAGUCYGCCAGCUUAGGUUACGAUCACCUUCCCCGGGGAUAUUGCAGGAGGAGGGGGCACCUUCGGCAGYAGUAGUGGRGAGUUCGGUGGCACCARYGGCGGUGCCGGACRCUACGAUCGCGGCCGUGGUGGAGGAGAUAGCAGCAGCCGCAACAACAUCAGUGCUGGAGGAGAUGGCAGCAUCAGUGUUGGAGGAGGAUCCACCAGCGGCAGGAGGAGGUGCAGCAGUGGAGGGGCAGGUGGCGGCAGCAGGAGGAGCAGGUGGAGGAGCAGCAGYAGUGGAGGUUGAGGUGGCAGCAGCAGUGGAGGAGGAGGAGGCACCGUCGGCAGCUGCARUGGAGGAGGAGAUAGCCGCACAGGCCGAGGAGCAGCGUGGGGGAGAUGACGAGCGCCUCAUGCAGCAGUUCCUCACGGAGGAGCUCGGUCCGGCCAUAGCGGGUAUGACCCUGAGUGUGGCGAGGGGGUUGGGGAUUUCMGAUUCGGAGAUGGAGACCCACUUAGACUUAGAUUUGUCGAUGGGCCUUCCACCUASUUGCGGYUGGGCGACAUCGACAGAYCGGGCUCCAUCGAGGRACGAGGCGCCAGAACAGACUUCRACACAGAUCGCGAGAGAGAGGACGACGACUGAGUCUCCAGAUGCAGCACGCGACAUCAUGGAGCGAGAGAGGGCUACACUUUUGGCAUCGACUGACCCGUGUGCUCAGGCGUUCGCACGAUCCGUAGAGGACGCCAGGCGUCGAGAGAUAGGGGAGGACGUUGCGGAGGGAGUGGCAGCAGAGCCGGUACCCGAGGCUAUGYCGSGUGGAGCAGAGGCAGCGGACGUUGUUGUGGAGGGAYGRCCUYAGGCRCUGGAUGAGGCUAYGCAGGCAGGACAGCGGUGAGUCGAGGGGGCUAUAGACGCACGACKCGAGGUCCAGGAGACCGCRACGGGUACAGUCGUUUYGUUCUCGGGCCUGCACUUGGCUUAGGCCCGACAGC